AGCAAAAAUAGAGUUACUUGCUCCCACGGUGACUACAGACAAAGAACAGCAACAAUAGCCUAGGGAAAGCUAGCAUCCGUUACUGCUGACGAUGCCAAAUAAAUGUUGUGGGAUUACACGCACGCGUACCGAUCGCUGAAGACCCUGCAUGAUGAAGACUCACUUGUUUAGAAUACCAAUCUCUUGGAACAGCAGUGCUUGCUGUUGCUUUGCUCUCAAAGGUAGACUGAGCACAGAGGGGGAGGACAUGUUCCCUCAAGAAGGGGCCACAAAGAAAGAUCAUGUCCCCUGUUUUAUCCUUCCAUCGGGAGUUACAUCUCCCGCAGUUUCCUUUGGGAAUUACUCCGCAACGAGGAUACCGUUGACACUUGCACUGGCUACACAAUUCAAAUCCCAAUGGGGGGGGGGGGUGCCGGAUUUGUUUUUUUGUCCGCCCUUCCUUGCUGGUGGAAAUCUGCAGAUCUUGGCUUCCGCAAAUGUCAGGCAACUGACUUUUGAGCUACUGUACGUACGCCUAAGCCCUAAGCCUCGACCAAAGCCUCAACCGUGGGUUCACUGGCACAGAGGCCCGCCCCCCCUGUUCUCUCUACAGAAUGCUCUGCUGCUGGGCGACCUUCUACCCACGACGCAGUCAUCAUGUCGUCCCCUGCUGUUCCUGCUGCACCAUCAGCUAGCGUGGGCCAGCAGGGCUCGGCCAUGUCUGCUGGAGCAGCAGCCGGUGGUGGAACACCAGUUCGCUCCCAGAGAGAGGCACUUGCGGAAGCUGCCAGACGCAUGGAAGCCGAAACGCCGUGGUUCGAGAAGCUGGGCUUACGGUACCAGGACGUGGCGGAUGGGGGCGGCGACUUGACUGUGGAGACCAUCCUCGCUUUCAACGUCGCGAGCGGCCUGAUCAAUGCAGCCAACGAGACCGUCCUCGCCCCCGUGUUCGUCGUGCUCAAGGGACUGCUGGGUGCCGUCCAGGGCGCUGCGGCGGCUCGAGAAGAGAUCGUUGAGCUCGCUCGGUACUGCGUGGCCAUGUCAAGGUGCCUGCUUGAUGCUGCCAAGGCGGACGUCAUGCCCGAAACAAUCAAGUCAACGCUUGAAGAGUUCAAGGGCGAGAUGGAAGCGGUGGGCAGGUUUGUCCAAACUUACGGCACCCGAUCGAGCGGCUGCUGCUGGCGCAGGAUGGUGCUCAACGCUCACGAUCGCGACACCGCUGCUGGCCACAAGCGGAAACUGAAGGAUUUACUAGAUGCGGUGCUUGCGGGUCUCGCCGCUCAGACCAACCAGGGGCUUAACCAGAUCAAGGGUAUGAUUCUUGCCAGGGACCCCCCAAGUCUAGGUGCUCUGGCCGAGAUUCCUCGCGAGGCACCUGUCCUGCCCACGACCUACGUGCAAAGGACGGCCAUGUUGGAGGAAGUGGUAGAUGACCUGACACACCCUCAUCGUUCAGCUUCUGCUACGCACUGUCUAUUGGGGAUGGGCGGCGGGGGCAAGACGCUGAUCGCCUCGUCCGUGGUGCGAGAUGACCGCGUGCGAGCCCGCUUCAAGCGCGGCAUAUUUUGGGUGCCCGUGGGGCGCGAGGGCAAGGACGUGGCGCUGCUCCUGGAGCACCUAGCAGUUGAGCUAUCGAGGGUACCCACGGAUACGCCACGCAGCUGCCCGAACAGGUUUAGCGGUGCAGAAGAGGCUCUCCGACACCUGUCUUCCGUUUGCGCUGAGGACGGCCUGAGGUGUCUGGUUGUGCUGGACAACGUGUGGAAUGUGGAGGUGGUGAACGCCUUCGCGAGCACGGGCUUUCAUGUCCUCGUCACCACUCGUCAGCGGGCGGUGAUAUCUGCUGUGCACGCUGGGGUGUGGACGGAGGUCGGGGACAUGUCGGAGGAGGAUGCGUUGGAGGUCUUGAGCAAGGCGAGUCAAGCCGACGGACCACUGCCCGCAGAGGAAGCGCGCCAGGUGGCGCUCGACUGUGGAAUGCUGCCGUUGGCCUUAGGCAUGAUCGGAGCUCUAGCGAAGGACCAACCUCUUGAUCCGUUGUCGUGGCGAGCUGUGCACAAGAAGCUGCAAGAAAAGCGUGCAAUGUUCCGUGAUGUGGAGAACGGGAAGCUGUUCUCCACCAUGGACACAAGCGUGUGCAACCUGCCCUCUAACCAGCGGGAACAGCUUCAGUUGAUGGCGGUCAUGGCUUUCUGGAGUCGCCGCAACCUCGGAAAUGCUCGCAAACCUGUGGGACCAGAUAUGCCCGACGGCUACCGUCUCCACGACCUGGUGCUCGAUUACCUGCAGCUCAUCGUGACCAUGGGCGGUGGUCGUCUAGCGGGAGAAGCAAGCUCGCGGCAGGCUCGGUACCUGGCGAGGCUCGGGGUAUUCAGGCAGUACAAUGCUCGCGGUCAUAACGUCAGCACCGGCGGGUUAUAUUCUCUCGUUGCCCUUUGGAACUCGGCGAAGAACCUUGAUGGGAGUGUAAACGCGGAUGCUUGCUAUUCGAAAAGCUUGGAGGGCGUGAAGGACAUCGGAAUCACGAGAGAGGUGGCAUGGCUGCUCUUGUUGCUGGGAAGCUACUCUGGUGCGGAGGCCAUACUCAGGAAGGUCUUGGAGGGAGCUGACGAGAGAGCGGACGAGCUCGCUGAGUUUGGAUUCGCGCUGGGUACCCUAGCGACAGCGCUUCAACAUCAGGGCAAGCUCGAUGAAGCGAACCCUCUCCUGGUGCGAGCUAUCGAGAUCCAGAAGCGAGCUCUUGGCCCCGAUCAUCCGAGCGUCGCCAUCAGCCUCGGCACCCGGGCAAACGUCUUGAAAGCACAGGGCAAGUACGACGAGGCGGACCGGCUGUACCUGAGGUGUAUCGAGAUUGAGGAGAAACGUCUGGGCCCCGACCACCCUGAGCUUGCUGCAAGCCUCAACAACAGGGCGGGACUCUUGAAAGCACAGGGCAAGUUCGAUGAAGCAGAUCCCCUCCUGGUGCGAGCUGUCGAGAUCCAGGAGCGAGCUCUUGGCCCCGAUCAUCCGAGCGUCGCCAACAGCCUCGGCACCCGGGCGAUUGUGUUGGAAGCGCAGGGCAAGUACGACGAGGCGGACCGGCUGUACCUGAGGUGUAUCGAGAUUCAGGAGAGAGGUCUGGGCCCCGACCACCCGGAUCUUGCUGCAAGCCUCAACAACAGGGCGGGACUCUUGAAAGCACAGGGCAAGUUCGAUGAAGCAGAUCCCCUCCUGGUGCGAGCGAUCGAGAUCCAGGAGCGAGCUCUUGGCCCCGAUCAUCCGAGCGUCGCCAUCAGCCUCGGCACCCGGGCGAUUGUGUUGGAAGCGCAGGGCAAGUACGACGAGGCGGACCGGCUGUACCUGAGGUGUAUCGAGAUUAAGGAGAAACGUCUGGGCCCUGACCACCCUGAGCUUGCUGCAAGUCUCAGCAACAGGGCGGGACUCUUGAAAGCACAGGGCAAGCUCGAUGAAGCGGAUCCUCUCCUAGUGCGAGCUAUCGAGAUCCAGAAGCGAGCUCUUGGCCCCGAUCAUCCGAGCGUCGCCAACAGCCUCGGCACCCGGGCGAUUGUUUUGGAAGCGCAGGGCAAGUACGACGAGGCGGACCGGCUGUACCUGAGGUGUGUCGAGAUUGAGGAGAGAGGUCUGGGCCCCGACCACCCGGAGCUUGCUGCAAGCCUCAACAACAGGGCGGGACUCUUGCAAGCACAGGGCAAGUUCGAUGAAGCGGAUCCUCUCCUGGUGCGAGCUGUCGAGAUCAAGGAGCGCGCUCUUGGCCCCGAUCAUCCGAGCGUCGCCAUCAGCGUCGGCACCAGGGCGAGUGUGUUGGAAGCACAGGGCAAGUACGACGAGGCGGACCGGCUGUACCUGAGGUGUAUCGAGAUUCAGGAGAAACGUCUGGGCCCCGACCACCCGGAUCUUGCUGCAAGCCUCAACAACAGGGCGGGACUCUUGAAAGCACAGGGCAAGCUCGAUGAAGCGGAUCCCCUCCUGGUGCGAGCUGUCGAGAUCCAGGAGCGAGCUCUUGGCCCCGAUCAUCCGAGCGUCGCCAACAGCCUCGGCACCCGGGCGAUUGUGUUGCAAGCACAGGGCAAGUACGACGAGGCAGAUCGACUGUACCUGAGGUGUAUCGAGAUUCAGGAGAGAGGUCUGGGCCCCGACCACCCGGAUCUUGCUGCAAGCCUCAACAGCAGGGCGGAACUCUUGCAAGCACAGGGGAAGAUCAACGAGGCGAGGUCGCUCUGGCAGAGAGCCCUCGACAUUCUAAGGGGCUCUCUCGGAGAGGGACACCAGUACACCAAGAUGGUUUUGAAGUCACUGGAGGGGUUGGAUGGAGAACAGGUGGAAGGUUCGGAGUGA